ACACUGAGGAAGAGAGAUAUCAGCAGACGAGGCUCACUCUCUCUCUCAGAGGAAACGGACGCCAGCGCUCAGAGUUUCGUGAUGCGACGCUUCGUCUUCCUCAUGAUGCAGUGCUGCGUCGUCAUGAGCGUCAGCUGCCCGGCGGACAGGAACCAGGACCACCGGCCCCGCGUGAGCUGUGUGGGCCAGAGCCUGACGACUGUUCCAGACGGGAUCGAUCCCGACACGCAGGUUCUGGUUCUCACAGAAAACCACUUCAGUUCUCUGUCCUGGUCCUCGUAUUCGGGAUUCACACAACUGCACGAGCUGGACCUGAGCCACAAUCUCAUCACCACGCUGGAGCCGCCAGGUCCAGUGCUGGGAAAACUGAGCGUGUUGCGUUUGUCUGGUAACAGGUUAACUGGUUUGGGAGGACUGGUGUUCCGCUGCGCUCCCAACCUGAUGGAGAUCUUCCUGAACGCCAACCAGAUUCGUUCCCUUCACGACGCCACCUUCAGCGAACUCCCACGUCUGGAGAUCAUCAACCUCUCUCAGAAUAAGCUUCCCGCCCUGCCGGCUCGCCUCCUGGAGCGAGUGUCGUCCAGCAGCCUGAAGACGUUUGAUUUGGAGAAUAACAGCAUCUCGCUGAUGCCUGACAGUUUCUUCUCGUCUAAACCCGAGUUACCGUACGUUUUCCUGUCCUAUAAUCCCUGGAUCUGCAGCUGUGCUGUAGGUUAUCUCCACAGCUACCUGAACGACCAGGAGCACAACGUCUACAAGCAUGUAGCUCCGAAUGGCCUCGAUCCCGCCGCCGACAGUGUUGUGUGUUCUGCGCCGCCUCAUCUAUCCCAACGGCCCAUCAUUGAACUGGAAGAGAACGACUUCUGCCCUCCAGAUCCACCUCUCUAUCCCAGUGGAGACUGGGAUUUCAAACCCAUCACUAGACCAAAUUACAGCCCUCAAACCCCUCCUGCUCCACACGACGCCUCCGACAUCACCCUCCUGCCCGCUUCCACCAAAUCCUGGACCACCUCCUGGUCCUGGGUCAGUGAGUCCUGGAGUGAAACAAGGUAUGAAUUCCGGACCAUGUGGGAGCUUUUUAGCUUGAAUCCAAAGACUACUUCAGAGAUUCCCACUCUAGAUGCCACCGAAUCACCUGCCAACACAACACAACCAAACACCAUGAUUACUGACCCGUACCAACUCACAACUUCUGGACCCAUUACUGCCAGAUCCCAAAGUCAGAGUACCAUCGGAUCUGAACCGCACACUUCCAGAACGAUCACGGUCCAGACCGAACCACCAACCACUGGACCCUCUACAGCCGGAUCCCACGGUCAAAGUACUUCCCGACUGGAUCCUCACUCCUCUAGCGCAACGAUCACGGUCCAAACCGAACCACAAACCACUGGACCAAUUAUUGCCGGAUCCCAAAGUCAGAGUACCAUCGGAUCUGAACCACACACUUCCAGAACGAUCACGGUCCAGACCGAACCACCAACCACUGGACCCUCUACAGCCAGAUCCCACGGUCAAAGUACUUCCCGACUGGAUCCUCACUCCUCUACCGCAACGAUCACGGUCCAGACCGAACCACAAUACACUGGACCCAUUAUUGCCGGAUCCCAAAGUCAGAGUACCAUCGGAUCUGAACCGCACACUUCUAGAACGAUCACGGUCCAGACCGAACCACCAACCGCUGGACCCUCUACAGCCAGAUCCCACGGUCAAAGUACUUCCCGACUGGAUCCUCACUCCUCUAGCGCAACGAUCACGGUCCAAACCGAACCACGAACCACUGGACCCAUUAUUGCCGGAUCCCAAGGUCAAAGUACCUCUGGAUCCUCCAGAACAACGAUCACGGUCCAAACCGAACCACCAACCGUUGAGCGGAUCAUUCCCCGAACAGAACCGCCCACUAGUGUCGGUCCGCACUGGGCAGAUGCCCGUGGUGCGGGUGGGAGGAUCCUGCCGUGGUGCUGGUGGUUAUUUGCCGGUUUCGUGUUGUUGUGUUUGCUAUCGGCUCUCACAUCAUGUGUUCUGUGUGUUUGGCUCCUGAGGAACCACCUCACCGUCAGCCGGUGGCUAAAGCAUCACGGCUUGCCUCGCUCGGACAGCGGCGGGGUCACCCUACAGGCGUACAAAUACACUGAACACACACAGCGAAGGGAGGAUGAAGGUGAGCGCGUGAGCUUUAUACCCCUAAACCAGCUCAGAGACGUUCAAGCCGUGUUCCGAAGCGUCCUCUUCAUCCACCCGCCGGAGGAGCAGAAACACCACACUGAAGGGAGAGAUGCUUCUUCCAAAGUAGAGCUGGUUUCUGUAGCAGGCAGAGCGAGAGAUAAGGAGCGGGAGCCGGCGAUGAGCGGGGAAGUGUUCAGGAAAACCCUGCACAGGGUGAUAAGCCGAGAAGAGGAAGCAGACGGAUGGAGAGAGGAAGAGGAGGCAGAUAGAAGGAGAGAGGGAGAGUGUGUGUGGAGCGGACAGGGGUCGACCGCUCGCUAUAGUCUGAUCCUGAGGGAGGAGAGAGGAACACGGCGAGAGAUGCAGUGGCUGGUUGGGGAAUGGGAACUGGGGGAUGAGGGCGUGGCCAAUCAGAGGUCCUGCUCUCUGAUUGGCCAGCUCUCCAGCGUCGCUCAGGAGUGAACCGUCAUCUUGGUUUUGUCUGUUAACUCUCAAAUAUUGAUUGUUGAUUCCAAGCCAAUAAAUUGUUUCAAUG